AUGGAUAAGGGAAACCAAUCCAACGUCAGCUAUUUUGUUCUCUUGGGAUUCUCCACCUCCACCAAGAUGCAGUUAGUCCUUUUCUCCAUAUUCUUCUUGGCCUAUUCGCUUACCCUAAUGGAAAAUGUCAUCAUCAUCCUUGUCAUCCGUGCCAGUCACCAGCUGCAGAAACCCAUGUAUUUCUUCCUGGGCAACUUGUCCUUCCUGGAGAUCUGGUAUGUGACAGCCAUUGUACCCAAGAUGCUGAUAGAUUUCCUGACCCAGGACAAGCACAUUUCCUUCCAAGGAUGCAUGACACAGCUCUAUUUCUUUGUAACCUUUGUGUGCACAGAGUAUAUUCUCUUGGCUGUCAUGGCCUAUGACCGCUACUUAGCCAUAUGCAACCCACUACAUUACCCAGCAAUUAUGACCAAUGGGUACUGUGCUCAGCUGGCUGCUGGCUGUUGGCUGUGUGGCUUAGUAACUUCCGCCAUCAAACUUAGUUUCAUAGCCCAGCUUAAGUACUGCAGCACAAAUGCAAUCAACCAUUACUUUUGUGACAUUUCUCCACUCCUGAAUGUCUCAUGCACAGACUCCUCUUUGGCUGAGCUAGUGGACUUUUUAUUAGCCCUGAUGGUUAUCAUGGUGCCUCUGUGCAUUGUGAUCACCUCAUAUAUCUGCAUCCUAACCACUGUGCUGAGGAUUCCCUCCUCCCAGGGCAGGCAAAAGGCCUUCUCCACCUGCAGCUCUCAUCUGGCUGUGGUGGUACUGUUCUACUCCACCACACUCUUCACUUAUGCCAGGCCCAAACUCAUGUACACCUACACCUCCAACAAGCUGGUGUCUGUGCUGUACACGGUGGUAGUGCCCCUCCUGAACCCCCUCAUCUACUGCCUCAGAAAUACAGAAGUCAAGGAUGCCUUGAAGAAGACCCUUUUUAGCAGAAGGAGUACUGGAGAACUUUGUUAA